UCCACUUCCUUCCCAGUCCCUCCCCGCACCCAGAGUCGGUAAGACUACACUUCCCAGAAGGCCUUGCAUGGGGGCGGAGGCGGCAGGGAUGCGAUGGCGGAGUCGCUGCCCCUGGAGACUCCUCCCGCUCCCAGCUCUCCUUCCACAACCUGCUGCGAUUCGUGAAGGAGAGGGCUGGGAGGCUGCACGCCCUGGACCUGAGCGGCACUGGCUUGCUCCCAGAGGCCCUGAACGCCCUGGGCGGGGUGGCCGGGCUGCAGCUGCGGGAGCUGAGGCUGCACAGCUGCCAGGACCUCUCCACAGAGGCUGUGACCGCCCUGUGCCGUCUGCAGUCGGGCCUGACCUCCCUGGAUCUCAGCGGCUGCUCAGAACUGGCCGACGGUGCACUCCUGGCCAUCGGCCGGGGCCUGGGGCACCUGUGGUGCCUCCGCCUGAGGAAGCUGCAGCGGCUGACGGAUGCGGGAUGCACAGCGCUGGGGGGGCUGCGGGAACUGCGCAGCCUGGACCUGGCAGAUGCUGUCUGGUGAGCGGGCAGGGCCUGGCCCAGGCCCUGGGUUCAGGGCACAGGGCUCCAGCCCCCUUGGUCUCCCUCAGCCUGGCCUACUGCUCCUCUCUCAAGGACGCCUCAGUGUUCUCCCUGAUCCCAGUGCUGGGCCUGAGCCUCAGGGUGCUAGACUUGUCCUCCUGUGUGGCCCUCACCAAUAGGACCCUGCAGGCCAUCUGCACCUGCCUAACCCACCUCUCUGUCCUGCGUCUGGCCUGGUGCACGGAGCUCCAAGACUGGGGUCUUCUGGGGCUGGGAGAACCAAGUGAGGAGCCUGCGCAGGAGCCCCAGGAGCAUUUGAGGGCCAAACUCUGGAGGAACCUGAGAAGCAGGUGCUUCUUCCCACAGCUACACCAAGAGCUGGACCAUCAGGCCUCGGUCCCCACGGACCCUUCUGCCCAGCCACAGGGCCCGUCACUGCUCAUGCUGCGGGCCCUGCAGGAGUUGGAUCUCACAGCCUGCAGCAAACUAACUGAUGCCAGUUUGGCCAAGGUGCUCCAGUUCCCCGAGCUGAGGCGGCUGUCCCUGAGCCUGUUGCCAGCACUCACAGACAAGGGCUUGGUGGCCGUGGCCAGGGGCUGCCCCAGCCUGGAACACUUGGUGCUAAGUCAUUGCAGCCUCCUCAGCGAUGAGGGCUGGGCCCAGGCAGCCCGCUCCUGGCCCAGGCUGCAGCACCUCAACCUGGCCAGCUGCGGACAGCUCACAGAGCAAACCCUGGGUACCAUCGGGCAGGCAUGCAAGCAGCUCCGGAUGUUAGAUGUGGCCAUGUGCCCUCGUAUCAGCAUGGCUGCCAUCAGGCACCUCCAAGCCCAGCUGCCCCAGGUGACCUGCAUCCAGUCCCGGUAUGUGGGAGGGGCUGACCUGACCUUAACGCUCUAGGGCCAGGUCAGUAACCAACCCUGGGCCUCAGCCUCCAUUGCCCCCAAAGACCCAGCCCUGGCCUCUUGACCUGGCUUGACGCUGUGCUUCUGCCCCACUCUGCCACAUACCCCAAAGCCCCUUCCCCCAGCUAUAAACCCUUUUCUAGGACUGGGUAUAGGGCUAAUCCAGGGCAGCCCAGGGGCCUUUCUGCCCCAGUCUGCCCUAGAGCCCAGCAGGAGCCCUUCCCAGUUAUACAUCGC